CCAACGGCGCGACCGUUCAGUGUGAGUCCAGUAGUUACACGAACAAGACACAAUGAAGUUAUUAAUUUGCUUAUUGCCCCUUCUGGCCCAGGCCAUGGCCGACGAUGCCAGCACGCAGAAACUCCUCGUCGAUGGAAACAACCAAUUCACAGCUAAACUCUUUAGUGAGGUAGCAAAAAAUAAUGUCGGCAAAAGUGUGGUGAUGUCGGGUUUCUCUGCCCUUUCCCCUCUGGCGCAGCUCGGCCUGGCUUCGGUGGGCGACUCACACGACGAAAUCUUGAAGACCAUUGGCAUGCCUAAUGAUGAAGCUACUAAAGACGCGUUCACUCUUGUCAACGGCAACCUUCGCUCCGCCAAAGGCGUCGAGCUGAAGGUGGCCAACCGUAUCUACAUCCCGAACAAUGGAGAGCUCAACGGCACCUUCGCUCAGAUGUCCAGGGACGUAUUCAGCUCUGACGUCAAGAAUGUAGACUUCGCCAAGAACGUCGAGGCUGCUGCCGCUAUCAACGCCUGGGUUGAAGAUAACACUAACAAGCGCAUCAAAGAUUUAGUGAGUCCCGAUUCCUUAGGCGAAGAUACCAGAGCUGUUCUUGUUAACGCGAUCUACUUCAAGGGCACCUGGGAGGAACAGUUCGACAAGGCUUUGACAAAAGACAAGGACUUCCACGUAUCCAAGGACAAGACCAUCCAAGUGCCCACCAUGUUCAAGAAUGGCAACUUCAAAUACGGCACCAGCCAAGAACUUGACGCUCAGUUAUUGGAGCUUUACUACGAAGGUGGUGACUCCGCGUUCCUCAUCGUAUUGCCCAACAAGAUUGAUGGACUGACAGAACUGGAAGAAAAAAUUAAGGACCCAUCAGCUUUGGCCAAAGCCGUAGAGAACAUGUACAAUACGGACGUUGACGUGUUUCUGCCAAAAUUCAAGAUUGAAACUACUAUUGACUUGAAGGAUGUUCUGCUAAAGAUUGGUGUAACAAAGUUGUUUUCGCCUAAAGACGCCCGACUGGAGUACCUCUUGAAGGGUGAGGGAGACGGUUUGUAUGUGAGCAACGCUAUCCAGAAGGCGUUCAUUGAAGUCAACGAGGAAGGCGCUGAGGCUGCCGCGGCUAGUGAAUUUACGGUAUAUUUCCGCUCCGGGCGCGUCGUUCCUAAACGUAUAACUUUUAACGCAGACCGACCCUUUUAUUAUAAAUUAAGAUAUAAUUCGGUAAACCUAUUUAGCGGUCUAUACAAGCCUUAAAAAUUUAAAAUAAAAAUAAAUUGAACAUAAAUACCUAUAGUAUUACAUAAUUAAUAUAAUAUAAACUAACCAAAACAUGACAAUCUUAUAAAAAAUAUAAUGUAUUAUGCUAACGCUAAGUGACGUCUGAUGUUUCUUAAAAACACCAAAGUUAUUGUAAAUAAAAUAAGUAUGGAAUCAUUGUAAUUUAUUGUUAUAUUAAGUGUUUUUUAUUGUUUCUUAUUUUUUUACAUUAUUACACGCAUAACAUUUUA